AUGUUUGCUGAUGAUACGAACAUUAGUUAUGCGGCCAACACUAUCGCCGAACUAGAAAAUGUUAUUAAUUCGGAAUUAAAAAAAUUGAAAAGCUGGUUGGAAGCGAACAAAUUAAGCCUUAAUAUCGCCAAGACAGAAUUUAUGAUAAUAGGAUCUCGACAACGUAUGCAUGCGCACACUAACGAAAAUAUCAAUAUUGACCUGGAUGGUCAUGUGAUUAAACAAGUUGAUGAGGCAAAAUCACUAGGUGUAAUUAUUGAUAAAAAUCUGUCUUGGUCUAAACACAUUGAUAUGAAGUGUAAAAAGAUUUCGUCCGCUAUAGGUGCUCUUAAGCGAAUAAAACCAUUUAUAUCAACUGAAACAGCAAUCCAAAUUUACAACGCUAUAAUUCAACCUCACUUUGAUUACUGUAGUCCCAUUUGGGACGAAUUUGGCGCAACAUUAUGUGAAAAAAUGAAAAAAUUGCAGAAUAGAGCUGCUAGAGUGAUUACGAAAUCCAACUACGAUGUCAGCUCUAGCAUUCUCUUAGAGAAACUGCAUUGGGACGCCGGGUCAGCUCUUCCCAAAAAUCGGCCAUCUGAUAUAGACUUUUUCAAUAUAUUUGGGAUGGACAUGAAACUUGCUACAUCAAUAUAACUUUCCAUUCCGAACAAUCGUAUGUUUUUUAUUUUUGAGAUUUAACGGUUUUUGGCGGGAAAAUGACGUCACGAAACCUCCAGUUAAAAUUUACUUUCAAUAUCUUAAUAGUUUUUAAGCAGAAUUUGGAAGAACAUGUCAUGAACAGUUCAAAACUGAAAACGGAUUUUAAAUAUCUAAACCUAAUCCAAAGUUAUUUCGCUAUAAAAACCGUGAAAAAUCUAAAAAUAGUAACAAAAUGGUGGAAAAUUCGAUUCUAAACUCCCUGUAUCUCGUGAUUAGAUUAAGAUAUUUAAAAUCUCUUUUCAGUUUUGAACUCUUCAUGACAUGAUCUUCCACAUUCUGCUUAAAAACUAUUAAGAUAUUGAAAAUAAAUUUUAACUGGAGGUUUCGUGACAUCAUUUUCCCGCCAAAAACCAUUAAAUCUCAAAAAUAAAAAACAUACGAUUGUUCGGAAUGGAAAGUUACAUUGAUGUAGCAAGUUUCAUGUCCAUCCGAAAUAUAUUGAAAAAGUUUAUAUUAGAUGACCGAUUUGUGAGAACAGCUGACCCGGCGUGUUUGUGCGUUAUGCCAAGAAGUAAGCGAAGAGCCUUUACAGUGCCCUGCAGACUCAAAACGCCAAGAAAUAGGUGCUGGAUAUAAAAAUUUGGCAGGCAAUUUAGAGAAGUUUGCGAAUCUUGGAUGUAUGCCAAGGGAAAUCAGUCUAUCCCGAUUGAACGAAGGCGGUGGCAUCGCAGCAACGUUAAUAAAGAACAAUGACCAAUGGCAUAGAAGUUGUUAUGCCCUUUUCAACUCGACCAAGCUAAAAAGAGCUGAAAAAAGAAAAAAGAAGCAGCCGCUAGGUGGUGAAAAGUUUACACGUUCAAAUGCCAAUGCCUAUACCAAAGACACAAGUCCCUCGUGUUUCUUGUGCAAGUCUGAUGAUCAGCCGUUACACUGUGUCUCGACACUUGGGGUAGAUGCUCGAGUCUGUGAGUGCGCAUCAUUGUUAAAUGACGAAAAGCUUUUAGCUAAGUUUGGCGGUGGAGAUCUGAUUGCUCUAGAGGCACGCUAUCACGCUAAGUGCCUUGUAAUGCUGUAUAGGAACGCAGAGUACGCCAAAAGAAAUAAUGUGCCAGAGAGCGAAAUGCCUCGCCGUCACAAUGGCAUUGCUCUGGCGCAGCUUGUCACAUUUAUCGAAGAAACGCAGUCAACUGGAAAAGAGCUGCCAACAUUUAAACUCGCAGACCUGGCACAAAUGUACACAGACUGCUUGCAGCAGCUCGGUUAUGAAUGUACUACGCGGGUGAACACUUCGCGUCUUAAGGAAUGUCUUUUAUGUCAAAUUCUUGACCUCCAGGCUUAUGUCAAGGGAUGCAAUGUAUUUUUUGUUUUCACGAAGGACGUUGGCAAUGCACUGCAUAAACUCCAUAAAGAUGACCUAGAUGAUGAGGCUAUUCAUCUAGUAAAGACAGCCUCAAUCGUCCGUAAAGACAUACACGCCAAUAAGUACUCCUUCAAUGGAUCUUUUGAGCAAAAUUGUCAAAGUAGCUCUGUCCCAACAUCCCUCUUAUCCCUUAUCACCAUGAUUCUCUACGGGCCUAACAUAAUUAACAUAGGGGUAUCUGUACAUAGGGGUAUCUGUACACGCAUAGACCAGGAGCCGUGA